AUGAACACAUGUUUCCAUCCUCUCAUACCAGUCUGUACAAUUAUCUACUCCGACACACAGAAGAUGGAUCUGCAAUCAACCAUGACAUCCCUUGAUGGUCUCUUUGCUUCACUUUACUCCCUCAAGCCCAAAUCUAUCUUGGAUAUAAGCACUCUCGACAAGCUCUUGGAGGAACUCUCCUCUCCUGCGCGGGGAACCAUUUGCGUUGCCGAUGACAAAAGGUGCAGAUGGUCAGCACUGAUGAUCUCGUGCAUUCUUCUCGCCAUAACCAUCACCUAUCUUCUUGGAUCGCUCUUCGAGCAAAGGACCCUCAGAUCAAAGAUUCCUGUUGCUGGACGGGGAAGCUUCUUUGUACCGAAUUGGUGGGCACGGUUGCGUUUCAUCCGCAAUAGUCGGGAGAUAAUUCAAGAUGGUUAUAGCAAGUACAAAGACAUCUUCAUCAUUCGAAAAUCAGGCGCGGACAUUGUAGCCAUAGGCAGUGCCAAACUCGUGGACGAAGUACGAGCCCAGACCAAAGACUCAGCACGCUCUGUCGAGAUCUUUCUCCACGACUUUGUGGGCUCGUACACCGGCGGCAAGGUCUUUGCGGAGAGUGAUCUCCAAAAUCGAGUUUUGAUGCAGAAAGUCACGCCCAACCUUGGCGCAUUGAUUCCUGCCAUCAAAGACGAACUUGAAUAUGCUAUCAAGAUGGAGCUACCCGUAACUCACGACACAGAGUGGAUGGAAGUCGACAUGCUGACAGCAUUCCCACGCAUAGCAGCUCGUGUUGUUGCUCGAAUCCUCCUUGGUCCAGAGGGUUGCAGRGAUGAGGAAUGGCUUCGUACAACAGCACAGUAUACACAGAAUGUGUUCCUCACAGGAUUUGCCUUGCGCUUUGUGCCUCGAAUUUUUCGACCGCUUGUGGCAGCAAUCCUGCCAACUUACUGGAAGCUGCUCACGAAUCUCGCCUCCGCUCGUUCUUUCAUCGGUGGAUUGGCCGAAAAACGGGUGCUGCACCCCGAGGAUGAUGUGCUUCAGUCGAUCAUGGACCUUGCGAAACCCAACGAACGAGAGGCCGAUGAUCUGUCACAAAGGAUGAUGGUCCUAAGCUUGGCUGGUAUCCACACCACCGCCGUUACAAUGGCCCAGGCCAUGUACGACUUGUGUGCCAGGCCCCAGGACUUCUCCGCGAUUCGCGCCGAACUGACGGACGUGCUGAGUUCAGGGCCCGAAUGGAACAAAGGCAUGCUGCUGAAUCUGCACAAGAUGGAUAGUCAGCUCAAGGAGUCCCAACGGUUCAACCCAGUCUUCCUCCUGACAUUCAAUCGGAUCCUCCCAACCGCAGUAUCACUAUCGAAUGGAAUCGAGCUCCCUGCCGGAACGCGCGUCGCUGUUCCAUACCAAGCCAUUCUCAACGACCCAACGGAAGUUCCUGGCGAGAAUCCAGCUUCUUACGAUCCAUGGCGUUACGCCAAACUGCGUGAAGAUCCCGGAAAUGCACAAAGACACCAGUUUGCCAUGGUGGAUUCCAGGAACAUGGCUUUUGGGUAUGGAAAGCAUGCGUGUCCAGGCCGAUUCUUCCUCGCAACCGAGAUCAAAAUGAUCUUUGCGCACAUGCUCAUGAACUUCGAUUGGAAACUCCCUGAGGGGCAUAAGCGACCGGAAAGUUUCACCAUUGAUACUGAUAUGUACCCGGACCGUAGCGCAAGGGUGCUGAUACGGUCGAGAGAAGUUCCGCAUUCUCUGAAAGGGAUUGUCUCGGUCUGA